CUAAACAUUUCUUUUCUGUUUGCGUUUACAACCCUAACCCCUGCAGAUUCUGCUGCCCCUUUCUCUCUUGGUCUUGGAUAAUUUUCCGAUGUACGGAUCCGAGAAUAACGGAGAAGAUUCGGAGCCUACGGCAUUCAGAAUAGCGGAGAAGAAGUACAAGCUCUACUACGAUAACAACGCUUUCUCCAAGAACAAGAACAAAACCAAAAAACAAGCGAAACCCGUAGACUUAACUCAAGUCCUGGACUUCAAAUCUAUUCAGGAAUGCCAUCACCGCAACGCUGAGCUUCCUCCGGGAAUUACCGUUUUUCAUGACAAGUUCAGCUCUCCAGUGUUUUCUUUGCAAAAUCGCCCUGGCUUUUAUUUUAUUCCUGGAGCAUUAAGCACAGAGAAACAAUGUACUUUGAUCAAGGAGAGCUUGAUUGAUUUUCCACAGCCACCCAACAGAACAAAUCACAAUGUCAUCUAUGGUCCUAUACACGAUUUGUUCGUUGCGGCUAAAGAUGGGAAAGUUUUGGUAAAGGAGGAAUCUCCUCUGGUUACUGUUACCUCAUCGGAACCAAGUGCUGAUUCAUUUUGUAUAGAAGCCGACAGUAAGGAGUGGAAGUUUACCACUGAAAAUGAUUGCUCCUUGAAAAAGUGCAGGUCCAUUUCUGCUUCUGCUUUACUGCGAAAGUUGCGAUGGAGCACCCUUGGCCUACAAUUUGAUUGGUCCAAGAGGAAUUAUGAUGUCUCUCUCCUGCAUAACAAAAUUCCUGAAGCACUCUGUGAGCUUGCUAAACAAUUAGCGAAACCUGCAUUGCCUGCUGGUGUUGAAUUCCGGCCUGAAGCUGCAAUUGUGAAUUAUUUCACAUCAGGGGACACACUUGGCGGUCACCUUGAUGACAUGGAAGCAGAUUGGAGCAAGCCGAUAGUUAGUUUAAGUUUGGGCUGCAAAGCUAUUUUUCUUUUGGGAGGAAAAUCGAAAGAGGAUCUUCCCCUGGCAAUGUUCCUUCGAAGCGGUGAUGUUGUACUCAUGGCUGGAGAAGCAAGGGAAUGCUUUCAUGGUGUUCCUCGGAUAUUCACAGAUAAAGAGAAUUCUGAAAUAGGCCAUCUUGAGACAUUGCUAGCACACCAAGAUGAUCUGUGUAUCUUAAAUUACAUUCAAACUUCAAGAAUCAAUAUCAAUAUCCGACAAGUUUUUUGAGCUGUACACUUUUCUUUUCUUUUCUUUUUUUGAUAACUGAGCAGUAUUCUUUUUUUAAUAGCUCAUGAAUAAAGAAAGGAUAUAUCAUUUGUAUUUAAUUUAAUAUGAUUAUGGCUUUAUUUUUAUUUUCAGUGACAAGUGAAUCAUUGUCCAGUAAA